AUGGCGCACUCGCAGCACUACAUCCCGCCUCUGAACUUUGGGAUGGUUGAGGAGGAUCUCUAUCGAUCUGGCCAGCCGAACGAGCUGAACUUUCCGUUCGUCGAGCGACUGGGCCUCAAAACAGUCGUCUUUCUGGCCCCAGAGGAGCCGAAUCAGCGCUUUCUGAACUUCAUCGACGACCAAGAGAUACAGUUCCAUCAUCUCGGCGCCAGUGCAUCGGCGAACGCCUGGGACCCGAUAUCCGAGGAAGUCGUCCUCGAAGCACUAGAGUUUAUUCUUGAUCCGAAGAACUAUCCACUGAUCGUCGUCUGCAAUCUGGGCCGGCAUCGAACAGGCACGGUCGUCGGGUGCUUGCGGAAGCUGCAGCGCUGGAAUCUGACGUCCAUAUUCGAAGAGUACCGGCGGUAUGCUGGGCCAAAAGUGCGGGUCCUGAACGAGCAGUUCAUCGAGCUGUUUGACACGGACCUGGUUCGGGUGCCGGUGACGCACCCCAAGUGGCUGUGA